AUGAUUAAUAUUAACAACAAUUUAACACUUGAACCAACAGAUAAGAAUAUGUAUGUUUAUGGUCAACAAGACAAAGUUAAUGUGUUAGGAACGACAAAAGCAAUGGCUAAUUUUGGUGAUAAAUUUGAAUUGUUAACGUUUGUUGUUGUUGAUACUAAGGAUUCAUCUAUUUUUGGAUAUCCUUCUGCUAGUAAACUUGGGUUUAUACAUGUCAAUUCUAAUCAUCCUGAUGUUUCCUUCUCAGAGAAAUUUGGUAAGACAAAAUGUGAAAUGCAUAAUGUUAAAGGUGUAAAUACGACCAAUGAUAUGUUAGAAAUCCCUAAUUGUCCAGUAUCUGUAAAAGAAAUAAUAUCAAAGCAUGAAAAUGUGUUUAAUGGCAUGGGAAAAUAUACGGAUAAAAAGAUAAAAUUGCAUAUUGACCAAAAUGUUAAGCCUGUUAAUCAGAACCACAGACGUAUUCCAUACCAUUUAAGGCAAAAGGUUGAAACAGAGUAA